AUGUCUUCUCCUACCCACUCCGACACGGAAAAGCCUAGUGCCAGCGCUAUCGAAAAUGGAAUCCACAAUCCGUUGCACUCAAGGGAGACGGAGAACAAGCUUCUGCGCAAGAUGGACCUCCGGCUAAUACCCAUGCUUGCUACCUUAUAUUUGCUUGCCUUUCUGGAUCGCGGCAAUAUCGGCAAUGCAAAGAUCGAAGGAAUGCUUACUGAUUUGCACAUGACAGGGCAGCAAUACAGUCUCUCUCUAACGGUGUUUUUCUUCACAUACGUGGCGUUUGAAUUACCUAGUAACUUACUGUUGAAGAAAUUGAGGCCAUCACGAUUGCUGCCCCUUCUAAUGUUUGCCUGGGGCAUUGUCAUGACAUUGAUGGGAAUUGUGCAGAACUAUCAUGGUCUUUUGGUGUGCCGUAUUUUCCUGGGAGUGGCUGAGGCUGGCCUUUAUCCUGGAAUUGCCUACUACAUCACCCUGUGGUAUCCUCGUGACCGCGCUCAAUAUCGCCAAGCUCUUUUCUUCAGUGCAGCCAGUGUCGCCGGCGCAUUCUCUGGGCUUUUGGCCUACGGAAUCGCUAAAAUGAACGGUGUUGGUGGAUAUGCUGGCUGGCGCUGGAUCUUUAUUCUUGAAGGUCUUCUCACAGUUGCAGUCUCCCUCAUCGCGCCAUUUGCCAUUCACGAUUUUCCAGAGACUGCAAAAUUCCUCACUGAGGAGGAGAGAGAACUCAUCAUUACCAUACUGCGAAACCAAACCACCGGCGAAGGCUUCGUCCACGCUGAUGUCAUUCAAGAAGAGACCAAGUUCCGCGCCCGCUAUGUAAUUGACGCCUUAACCGACUGGCAGAUUUAUCUGGGCUUAUUCAUGUAUUGGGGUAUUACUUGUCCUCUCUACGGUAUCUCUUUCUUUCUGCCUUCCAUCAUUAAGGACUUGGGAUACACCUCAUCCACAGCCCAGCUACUCACAGUUCCCAUCUACAUCACUGCUGCCGUGGUUGCUAUUGGUGCUGCCUGGCUAUCUGAUCGUAGAAAACAGCGAUCUCCGUUCCUUCUGUUUUUCAUGUCGCUGAUUGCUAUUGGCUUCAUCGUCGUCAUUGCAUCAUCCGGACGUGGAGCACCGGGUGUUGUUUACUUGGGAGUCUUUAUCGCCGUUGUUGGCAUCUAUCCUGCGUUUCCAGGGAACGUCACGUGGAUCGCCGUCAAUCUCGCUGGAGACUAUAAACGAGCGGCUGGAAUGGCAUUGCACAUCGGUUUGGGUAAUAUGGCUGGAGCAAUGGCAUCCAACUUCUACCGUUCACAGGAUGCGCCCAAGUACAUCCUCGGUCACGCUUUGGAGCUCGGGUUUUGUGUCGCUGGAAUUAUUGCCGUGCUUAUUCUACGUCGGUCAUACGAAACUAUAAAUCGUAGGCGUGACCAGAUCGACGUAUCCCAAUAUGAUGCCAAUCAAAUAGCACAGAUGGGGGAUCGGUCACCCAUGUUCAGGUACAUGUUGUAG